UUGAUAAAAGACCACAAGCCAAUUCUGACACUAUCACAAGACACGCACGUUUGUUUUGGUUGUAUUUACCCAGAAUGCCCUGUGCUACAGUCCUGCUUUUGGAGCGGUCUCUGAUACGCUUAACGUUCAUGUAUGCAUUCAAACCGUUCCAGAGUUCACCUCAACCAAACCUUGACCUAUAUAGCUUUGUAGGCGGACCAGAGUUUGCUGUUUUGGUCUGCAUCAGAGUUUGGUUGCACAUUCACACCUCCCCAACUGAACUGAACUUUCGAUUAAACAGACUAGGCAGGACUAAGCUGGGUUGGUGUGAAUGCACUCUAAGGGCUGCUCAUAGCAUCUCCAAGUCUAUGAAAAACUCAGUGGAAAGACUCCACUUUCCAUGUCUACCUGUCUGGUUUAGUCUGUGUUUUGCUAUAGAAGUGAAAGCACUCAUUGCAUAUUACACCUUUACUGACAUCUUGACAUGUUCCAGCGCGCAAUGCUGAGCAAAAAAACAAGCUAUGUUUCUUCUUACUUUGCUUCCAAUAACUAGACUGUUAAACACCAAACUUACCUACCCAGAGUCUUGACUUCAAUCUAAUAGGUUUGGGAUAAAUGGGAAAUAUUUAACAGUAUUUUUUUUUUUUUAUCAAACAUGAAAGAUCUGUCAGCAAAUAGGUAUCAUCUGCUACAAGUUCCCAAAAUGAGUAGCAUCUUGCUGUUCUCCUAGCUAAUUAGAAAAGCUGAACGUUGAUCAGACUUCUUCAGGAAUUUUCUGUCAUCUAUUUAACAAAACACAAAGUGUCGCAUGCAACAAAGAGUCAUGUUACAACAGGACAGCUCACUGAUGGAGAAACUCACCCUAUCAUCCUCCCUCAGCAUCAUACUGACCUCUGCAGAACAUCACAUAAACACAAACACACUCACAGCAAUCACACAGUACACACAUGUCCUGGGAUAUUAGACAGAACACUCCCUGGCUCACCAUGAUCCUUCCCCAGUUUGUCUGGCCUGCACGCUGUCAGUCAUGAGUCAACCACCGCAGUCUUUUCAGGCAGCUGAGCUCAGUUGUUGUUUUUCUGCAUAUACUUUGUGUUUUGUUGCCCUCUGAAAGUCAGGUGUCAGUAUGUUUAUGCACUGACGCUGCUAUUAAUCCUGCUGGGUGUUGUGAAGGUUACACAAGGCUUAGAAGGCAAGCACACGCUGCAGUGUUUCCUCUGCUGCAGAGACACUUAGCUUAUCACACAAUUCUUCAUUCUGCAUGCCAUCUUCUCUCCCUCGCUACACGUGCCAUCUCUUCCCGCCGUCUCACUGGCUCUCGUCUCGCCUGGUCCCUCCCAGUGCUCUUCCUUCUUUCACAGGUUGUCUCGUUCUCGUAACCUGCUCGGUACUUCCGCCGCGUCAGCGCAGAAGCUGCUUGCGUGUCAGCAUCUCUGAGGACGGGGACGUCGUUACAUAACCAGCCUAACUUAGUAAAUUCUGCAUGAUGAUGCGCUCCUCUCUUGUUUGAUGUGUUGUGUCAGCAGCUGCAUAUGGAGAACAGGCUUUCUUUAGAAGACUCAUUUACUGUAGACAAGAGGUUAAAAUAAAGCUGUUCACUGAGGUCAAAUAGAAAAUGUUGGAAAAAAUCUGUCCUUUCUCUGUUGACCCUUUGCAACACCACAUUUAUUCACACGAGGCGCCGUAACAGACGUUGAAAGUCAGGGACGGGAGUAUUGAACGUUGCGACAGAGAUUGUUUUCACAAAUUAUUUCUUCUCAAAUAGCCAUGGCUACUUGUUCAAAUCAAACUAACUUGCCUGUGGACGUAGCGUACCUAUCGGGGUCUUAUAGACAGCACAUUUUACAAGAGUUAGGAAAAGCUAGCUGAGAAACUGAACAAUAUCGUCUUCUUUCCAGCGUGUUUGUUAAUUUGAUCAAAUCUGACUGAAUUCAUGCUACAUCAUUUAUACCACUAUGUCAUCAACGGCGUUUCCCCUUACAUCAGAACAGUCUUAAAACCAUGCUAGUCUAGAUUACCAGUUUUUUUCGUACAUGCUAGGCUACAUGAUGGUGAGGCAUUGCCACUUUGGUAAGAAAUGUCUUAAAUAUGUAACUUCUCAAUAAUGCAAUAUUUUAUUGCAUCUUACUAAUCUUACUUACUUAUAAAGUAUUUGGACAUCAAUCUUACUUACCUUGUCAAAAGUUUACACUGUAACACACCAAGGGCUGCCAGUGCUUAUUAUUGACAGUUGCUCUCCAUUAUUCAUCAUCAAAAGAUUUCUGAUAAAAUGACACGUUCAGUUUGCAUCCUUGUCUGUUUGUGUAGCCAACCAUGCAAAACUGGGAAAUCAACUAAAUAAAAGUGUAAAGGGUCAAUAUCCGUUUAUCCUUGCAGAGUCGUUGGGUGAGAGGUAGGAUACACCCUGAACCCUAUUGUCAGUCUAUCACAAGAAAACACAGAUACACACAAGGCAACAAAACACACAUGCACACACUCACACUUAACGGCAAUUGAUGUCAAGCAAUUAGCACUACAGUCUCAUUUUCGGACUGUGGGAGGCAAUUGGAGUUCCCGAAGAGAACCCUGACAUAUGCAACUGAUUGCUGCAAGGGAGGAGUGCAAGUGCAUUGCUAUGUAAUUCAUUUAAGACAUGGAUAAUGUAUCCAUGAUAAUUUUCCAUGUUUCCCAUACAUUGGACUUUCCAUGGACUGAUGAAUCUGUGAGGCCUGAGAUCAUAGUUCACCGCAAUAAACUGAAGCGAAAAAGAAAAACAAAACAUAUCAUUUAUUCUCUAUUUAUAUUUUAAAAUAUAUACCAGAACAUCAACUGCCAGACUGUUUGAGCCAACAUUUCAUGUGUGACAGCUAUCCCACAUGUUUGGAAUAAGUUUUUUAACGUUUUGGUCGACGUCUUCAUCUACAGAGUGGACAUCCUUUGUGUAUUGCUCCCAAUUUUCAACUGGCAUGUCGUUAUUUACAUUAAGCUGAUGUAAAAGUGAAACAUAAACUGACACUAAAAGAUUUAAAAUAGACCUAGUUAUUAAUGGCAAAUACAUUACAUGUCCUGGACUGAAUGAAAUAUAUGCCAUGCAAGUUGAUGAAAGGGGUAUGAGUGAGAUUCUUUGAGUGAAUCACAAUUGGCAGACAGCACAGCAGGAAAUAGCUUGCAGUGACUCACAUACACAAGCCUGGCUCUCAAGGCCCAACCAAGUUAUGAUACAUUAUUGAUGACAAUAAUCUGCUUCCAUGUGCUUUCCCCUUUCUCUGUCUCAGCCUGCAAGCUCACAUAUUGGAUGCUGAAAGAAUAUUUCUGGCACAACUGUGGCAGAAAUAUGCAACAUAUUUCCACCAGGUUUUUUUUUAAAGUGCCAUCAAGCGCCACUGUUACCUUGAGCUGCCUUUUCUCUUCAUUUAUAAAGUCACAUCUGUGCUUAAAUUGGCCUUGACCUACAGAAGCAAAUGUCAGCUACCAUUGCAUUUUACCUGAGAAAAGACAGACUAAUGUUGACUGGGUGGUUCACCCAUAAGGCUGAGAGAUGAUUGGUUGAUUAACUUUGAUGUCUAGUCUGUGAUGAUCCACCUAAUUGUCAAAUUGAGUCAGCAACGCCAGCCUGCAUGUUGAAGCGCCCAGACCUAAACACAGGAGCUGUCAAUGAAGCAGCUGUUGACCUUUGUUGUUUCUUGAUGGUUGUCUGUUCUUCCUUCAGCCUCUGAGUUCUUGGAAUUAAGCUGAAAACAGGAGGCCGACAACAGACAACCCUGCAGGCCUAGCAAGAGGUUGUCUGACUCCAUGUCUGCCCCUGCUCCAGCCAGUCGGAGGACGACGUCAGGCUCUCGCCGAUUCAACCCUCUGAAGGCGCUGCAGCCCAAACGCCGCUUGCAGCAAAUACUGGCGUCCUCACCCGUGCCGGCGGCUUCCAAGCCGGCAUCGGGAUCGGGGACGAGUGCAGCCGCGGCCACUGCGCCGGUGGCCAUUCCGGUGCCUGCGCCCCCUGCGUUUGACUACUGCAGGUUCAUAGAACUAGAUUAUGUCCCCAUGGAGUCGGGCUACAUGGUUUCAAUGCGCCCCACUAAAGGCUACACAUCGACCAAGUCGCCCACUAAAGGAUACACCUCCACAAAGUCUCCGGAUCGCCGCUCGACAAACUCUCCCUCCACGCCACGUUCCCGGCGGCCUCCAGCUGCACCCAGUAACAGAGAUCCCCAAGGCAAUGCCUCCGUCAGCAGUGGCAGCAACUCAGGCUCGUGUAAAGGCAGUGACUGCAGCCCCACCAAAGGACGUCAGAAGUACACAUCAUGUACGGACAACCAUGGCAUUCGCCCUCCUCCCCCAGAGCAGUACCUCACACCUCUCCAGCAGAAGGAAGUGUGUAUCCGACACCUGCGAGCCAAGCUCAAAGAGACCAUUAACACCCUGCAAGACAGGGACACAGAGAUUGAUGCGCUGCGAACCAAGCUUUACCGAAUGCAGGAAGACUGGGUUGAGGAGGAGUGUCACCGCGUGGAGGCUCAGUUAGCCCUGAAGGAGGCUCGUCAGGAAAUUCAGCAGCUCAAACAUGCAGUGGACACAGUUCGUACCCGACUUAGUGAUGCCGGUGGGCUCAGUGGAGACGUAGGGGUUCAAAAGUACUUUCAGGACAUCAAUACUCAGAAUCACAAAUUGGAGAACCUUUUGCUCAACAUGGAGAUAGCACAAGCAGGACUAGCCAAGGAAGGAGAAGCCAUACCAGGCUGCAGGACCCGUGCUGGGGGCUCAGCUCCGGCAUCUGUUUCUGGAGAAAGCCCUGGAGUUGUACCUAAGUUGCCAGUGGGAGGGAGGGGGUCUUGUUCUUGCGAUGGCUCUCCAGCUCGUUCUCUGACUCGGAGCUCCACCUACACCAAGCUGAGCGAACAGGCACUGGGAGACCGCAACUGCAAUGACACAGACUUUCCUUGCCUCUCAGCUGACGGCACACAGGACAGUGGGUUUGUGUGCUGUGGAGAGAACAGUGUCCCCAGCCGGGCAGACCUCCUCCUGGAAGCUGCCUACCUCUCAGAGGAAACGGCAUCUUUGUUGAACUCCUACACGCAGACCUUCUCCCACACUUUGCCUCAUUCUGCUCCCCUCUCCCUGCCUCACACCUACUCCCAUACCUUACCUCAUUCUUUCCCUCACAACAUGUCCCACUCCAUGCCACACACGAUGCCUCACUCCUCCACCUAUGAGAAACUCUGCACAGGCGAGCGGCUGGCUCCAUUUCGUUGCAGUUUGGGUGGAGUGAGCUGCAUGAGCCACCCCUGCCUGUCCCACCACCACCUAUACCUGCACCCCCUGAGAGAGGCAGGCAUUCAGACUGAGAGCUGUCCCAUCCCUGCAACAGCGGGGUAUCCCUCUGAUCUGGAUACUAUUGCAGAGCAACGUACAUUUCGCUCUCAGGCCUGCAGCCCCACCUCCACCUGGAUGUCUGAUGAGGUGGAAGAGGAUCUGGACUCCAUCACCACCACCACUUCAGUGACAACAGCGACCGUGAUGAGCACAGCCACUGAGCCAAUUCCAGUUUCCAAAACACCACUGGCUCCACCUCUUCCACGAUCCGCAACUGUUGCAUUUUCCAUGGAGAGUCCUUCGUAUCAGGCAAAUGACAAAGUUGAGGAAGAGGAAAAGCAAGAAAAAGAAAAUAGAGAGAAGGCAGGAGAAAAGUUGGACAACACUAAAGUCAGACAAUCAGGAGAGGCAGAUCAAAGCUCAGUGGAAGGGACUGAGGUAUUGGAUGAAGAGGCAGAACAAAGAAAAGUCUGUGAUUUAGCAGGAAGAAUGCAGGGUGAACUUAAUUUUGCAGGGUGCUGUGGAGAAAACAAGCAAGAUGACCAGAGAGCGGAGGACAAGCAGCAAGAGGCCAGGAUUGGAGAAAUAUCAGCAGAGGAAAAGAGCCCUGUGAUUACUUCAGAGUACACUGGACUGUCUCCGGGUGUACAAGAGCCUCAAACAUCCCAACCUCCGAGGAGAUCUAUCUCCCGUGAAGAGAUAGCUGGUGUCACAGUGGUAGAAGUUCAUGACGAGGAUGAUGACGAAGAUAAGACUAAUGAACAAGAGGCCACAGGGAUUGCUGUAGCAGAGGACGAAGACUCUGGGAAAAUCCAAAAAAGCUACUGGAGUCGUCACUUCCUGAUUGAUCUGCUAGCGGUGGCCAUCCCUGUGGUGCCAACGGUGGCGUGGCUGUGUCGUGGCCCGGUCCGUGGCGGCCAGCCUAUGUAUCACAUCGGUUCACUGCUGAGAGGCUGCUGCACUGUUGCACUGCACUCGCUGCGCAGGGGCGGUGGCCUGAGACAUUACCCCGCAGGCGGGGGAGAUCUUGGCGGCACACAAAUAUAGCAGAAUGACAUCUUCCUGGUCCUUUACUGUGGUGUCACUUCUCCUGUGUGGUCUGUAGUGUUAGACCAUUGCUUAAAGUGCAAGAGCAAGAACUUCUUGUUCCUCUGCUUUGGAUGGUAAUAAAGAAUGGGAAUGUUAGGAACAAGAGUUGGGCAUCAAAGAGGAAGACCUUUGACCGAUCAACUCUACUCUGUUUGACCCUGCAACAUAUUGUAAAAGCAAGAAAGAUAAUUACUUUUUCUUGUUUGGUCUUUGCUGUCGUUACCAAAAUAUCCAUGUACCGGCUUGUGCUAGCUGAAUGAGCUGCUUGAAAGGAAUGAUCAAUGCUUUGGUGUUGAUUGUUUAAUUUAUUUUUGAAUGUAGAGAAAAUGUCCCUUGCCAUGUCAGCUGUCAGUUAUGACGUAAUACUAUGAUCACAUGUUGGUGAAUGUGUACAUAAAUACUUUAUAUGUAUGUAUAGGUGUGUAUAUGUAAAAUUAAAUUAGAACAAACUAAGGUAACGGUUGUUGGCCAGUGGUAGUGGGAAUAAAUCCACUUUAAUCCAAAGCUGCAGACACUUUUCACCGAUAACUUCAUUUGUCUGCUGUGGAGAAAAACAUGGGAGACACAGAACUCAGGUAUCUGCUAGGGGUAGAAACACAACCAAUCCUGUCAGCCGGCCUUGCACAGUGGUGUGCUAAAUAAACUUCAGUCAAAAGCAGUUUAUUCUUACUGGCUUCCUCUCUUUAAACUGGCAGUGGAGAUAUUUACAAUGAGAAUUUUGUCUUUGAUAUACAGGCUAUCUGUACCCAGACUUAAUGGAGAGGCCUGGCUAUUACAGUUCAGAUGUUUAUAAAUGGACUCUUUACUGUGUCCACUGAAAAGGUUUAAAUCGGGUAGAACAGGAAGAAAACGCUUCACUUUUCUUGGACUUCCUGACACAAGUCCAGAUGAAGAUCAAGGGUUGCUCAGAAUUAAAUGACUGCCUUAGACGUUAAUGGUUCCCUCUACUGGCCAGAAGCAGAAGUGAAUAAACUCAAAGAUUUGACAUUUAUUCUUUAACGAUAGCUUUAUUCCUUUUCUAAAGGUUUGCUUAAUGACAUUAAUAAUGGUAAAUUAUAAAAUUAUUCAGUGGAAAGGGACUUGGAUUUUGUUGUUCUUUUAUGUUUUCCCAAUGUGGUGCUCAGCUGAAAUGUUUUCAUUUUCAGGGGAGUAAAAUAUUCUAGAUGAAAGGAGAUAUGACUACCUUUAGCUCCAGCAACAAACAAGACAAAACGACGACUGGGGGUAAACACAUUUAGUGUAGAAUUGGUCAGGCAUUUUUUAAAAUAGAAAUUUAAAUCAUUAAGAGCACAUGACAGUGAGGUCAUGCACUAAUUAAUGAUUGCAGAAUAAAACAGAACAGAGAUUAUCUGUGAUCCUUACAUGAUACUCUCUUUCAAUGGUCACUUCAUAUGUAGGGACUUCAGCCACAUUUGUCUGGAUUUCCCAUCUGUUAAAUGAUGGAAGAUAAUCAAGUGAAUUUAGCUGUAAUCCAGUUUCAGUCUCGGUGCAUGUUAAACAUACCUGUUGGAGUUAAUCUGGCUCUGAUAAGGUGCAGCAGCGCAACAAGUAGUCCAGACAUGUCUUAGUUUCACAGGGACACAUACCUAGCUGUGUAAUUAUUUAAACAAACAUAAAAGAAGAAAGUUAGCCAAGCUGUAAACACUUAAAAAAUACACCUCUGUACAUAAAAACAGACCACUUUAUAGUAGCUUCCACCGUCAUGGUGAAAGUUCAAACAGAAGUAAUCGUAACCUAUGAACAAUGUUAGUCGUUACUUUGGCUAACAUUCAGUCAUUUUUACAGCGAACAAACUGUGCAGUUUUUCCUGUUAGUUUUCUCUACAUGUGGUAGGCUGCAUCCUACUCCCUUGUUUGCCCUCUAGUUUAUUUGUUGUGUUCUUUUCAAUACAACCCUUCUUGUGCAGUCUGCUUCUCGAGUCGACACUGAUCUCCUUUCUCGCAGGUUGCUGGUUGUGUUUCUACCCUGAGAUUGUUUUCGUUAGACUCACCUAUUUAUUUUCACCGUAUCACUUGUGUGUGAAGUGUUCUUACAUCGAUUGUAAUGAUGCAGUUCCCCCAGUCCCCUCCAAAUGUCUACCCUGUCCACUAAUUUUCCGCCAUUACAUAAUUAGUUCACAGACAACACAUUCAACGCUAGUUAUAUCCUUACACCUGCUCUGAAUUGUCCUUUAGCUAAAGGUUAGCUAGGUUAGAUAAAGAUAGCUUGAAUAUCUUUGAAAGAACUCUAAAUAAAUCAAAGUUUUUUUGGUGAGAAUUCAUGAAUUGUUAUAGAAAAUUCAGUGUGUAAAUUUUGUACAUUGAGAAAUAUAUUGCUCUUAGAUUAUUCCUCCCUAAUCUGUGCCUUUUUAUUUGCCAAUGUCACAACAGUGUCUGGGGAAUGAUGUGGGCCUGGAAUAUUUUCUAUACACAGUUACCUAUAUAGCUGUUUAGUGUACCGCUGGCAGUGACUAACAGAGUCAAAACUCUUUAGUCAUACAGUGAAAUCAUGAUCAAACGUCUGUAGAUACUCACUAUCUCAGUUUGACACCAUCAGUAGAUCUGAGUGAAGUGAGUUGUGCUCAGUCUGUGAUCUGUGCUGUACAUUUCUGCUAACCCUGAUGAUCUUGUGCUGUAGCUAGUCUUUAACUGUCAAUAUGUAUUCUCGAGUCCAUCCUACACAAUUUAGUCCAUUACAAAAACAAACUGUGUGUCUAAAAUUGUCUUGUAAAGACAUUCUACAAAUCUGUUAGGUCAAACUUAUUUACUUUUUUUAAAUGUGUUGUUUGGUUCCAGUUGCAUUCAGCUGAAUUUUAUUUUCUGUAUUUUGUUAUCAGGCUGACGUUGAUGUUUUCUGAUGUCAAAAUUCAACAAGCAUGUAGCAGAUUGAUGGUUAAGUACCAGUAAGAUAAAGCAUUUUGUACUUAGCAUUCAAGAUACUGACAAAAUACAUUCUGAAAACUGCAAAAAAAUACCUACAUUUAAGACUAUAUCUUAUCAUAUCCACAAAUUUCAAUGUAUUUUUAUUUUUAGAAUUGUAUGUGACAGACCAACAUAAAAUGAAGCAUAAUUUUGAAAUGGGGAAAAAAAGCAUAGUUUUGUGGUUUUUAAUUUCUUUUUAACAAUCUGUUUUGGUGAACCAAAACAAAUUACUCUUUAGCUACUGUUUUGUACAUCUGAAAUCUAUGCCCAUUCUUGAGAAAUAGCUCAUGUUCAAUAAUAAAGAGUAGAAAAUGUCCAGA